AGUGUAGUGUAGUGUUGUAUAGUGUUGUAAAGUAUACUGCAGUGUUGUAUAGUGUUGUGUUGUGUUGUGUUGUUGGAGCGGAUGAGAGAGCCGGGGCUGUUAUCUUGGUGCAUCUGCUGUUUAUCCGGCGUUGCUCGGGGCAACCGGUCCACUCCCGCAAACACAAGCCCGCGGAGCCCGGGGGGAGAGACUCCGAAACCGGGCAGCAGCAGCAGCAGGAGGAGCCGCGGAAGGAGAAGGAGGAGGAAGGAAUGAUCUGAAUGUGCAUCCUGCCUCUUCUACAAGGAGCAUCCUGAAAACCAGCUGCUGAAAUGGCUAGCAUCAAUGAUAAAGAGGAGGCUCGGGAAGAGCUGGACUCAAUAGAUGCUGAGUUGGAGCUGCUGGAGCUUCAGAUUUCUGAGCUUUUGGAGAAACAGGCUUCUUUAAACUCCAGGAAGAACAAGCUACUGAAAAUACUGGAUGGGUCUUGUGAUGCUUCUCAAGCCUCAGGAUCUGGAAAACCCUCCAAACCUGCUUUUAGCAAGAAGGACUUGCAGCACUAUGAAGAAUCAGAUUUCUCAUGGUCUAAGGAUGUUCAGGAGAAACUGGAGAAUAUCUUUAAGAUUUCUAAAUUCCGGCCACUUCAGCGAGCGGCUAUUAACCUCAGUAUGUCUGGAAGAGACCUUUUCUUGGUUAUGCCUACAGGCCGUGGCAAGAGUUUAUGCUAUCAGCUACCUGCAGUCUGUUCUAAAGGCUUCACCUUGGUUAUCGCUCCACUGGUGUCUCUGAUGGAGGAUCAGCUGAUGUAUCUGAAGUCAGUAGGAGUUUCUGCUGUAACUCUGAAUGCUUCUAGUUCAAAAGAGGACUCCAAAUUUGUGAUGGCAGGCAUGACGGAUAAAAACAGCCCUUUUAAACUACUGUAUGUGACUCCGGAGAAGAUCGCCAAGAGCAAACUACUGAUGUCUAAACUAGAGAAGGCCUAUAAUAUGGGUCUGCUGGAGCGCAUCGCUGUGGAUGAAGUGCACUGCUGCAGUCAGUGGGGUCACGACUUCAGACCAGACUACAAGCUUCUUGGUAUUCUGAAGCGCCAGUUCCCGAAGGUCCCGCUGGUUGGACUGACCGCCACUGCAACCAGCAACAUACUGAAGGACUGCCAAAAGAUCCUGUGUGUUCCAGAUCCAGUUACACUUACCGCACCAUUCAACCGACCUAACCUCUACUAUGAGGUUCGCGUUAAAAGUAGUGAAGAUUCAAACGGAGAAAUUGCAGCACUGAUAAAAGGAAGAUACAAGGACCAGUCAGGAAUUGUUUACGUGUUCUCUCAGAAAGAUGCAGAGUUGGUAGCUAUAGACCUGCAGCAGAGAGGCAUCCUGGCACAACCGUACCAUGCAAACAUGGAGCCUUCAGACAAGAGUAGGGUUCAUCGUCACUGGUCUACCAAAAAGAUCCAGGUGGUUGUUGCUACUGUGGCGUUUGGAAUGGGCAUUGACAAAGCAGAUGUGCGGUUUGUAAUCCACCACACCAUCAGCAAGUCCAUAGAGAACUAUUAUCAAGAGAGUGGACGUGCAGGGAGAGACGACCAUCCGGCAGACUGCAUUGUGUUCUAUGGUUUUUCUGAUAUCUUUAGGAUCAGCACUAUGGUUGUGAUGGAGAACACUGGUCAGCAGAAGCUUCAGAAUAUGGUGGCGUACUGUCAGAAUGUGGACAGAUGUCGCCGUGCCAUGAUGGCUGUUCACUUUGAUGAAGUUUGGGAUGAUGAAGAGUGCCACCAGAUGUGUGAUGUUUGUCGUCAUGGCAAUGACUAUGUCACCAUGGACAUCACUAAGCAUGCCCGUGACGUGGUGAAGCUUGUGGAGUUGGCGAGCUCUGUAGAUGAGAAGAUGACUCCUCUUAAGGUGUGCGACACCUGGAUGGGGAAAGGGAAUGCUAAGCUUCGCAAAAUGAUCCAGACCACAAUCCUAUCACGCCAGGAGGUGGAGUCCAUCAUCGUCCACCUGCUGCUGAAUGGCUAUUUCAGUGAAGACUUCAGCUUCACCCCGUACACCACCUACUUCUACCUGAAGGCUGGACGCAAGGCUGCUCUGCUUAAGAGUGAAAACCACUCCAUCACCAUGAAGAUGAAGAGAAAAGUGCCCACACCCAGUCCAGGCAGACUGUCCGUAGCUGUUUCAAGUGAUGACCAAUCAGCAGCUGAGCUGCAGGAAGGAGAAAUCACUGACUUGAAUGACCCACACAAAAAUAUCAAACUGAUCAAGAUGAACAAGGACCAACAAAACAUGGAAAAAAGACUUUCUCAGAAUCAAGUGGAGAGUAUUACAGUACAAACGCCUGAGAAUAUUCAGCCCCUAGUAAUUGAUGUAGUAGUGGAAGUAGAGGUCAGUAAUCAGAAGCAGAACUGCGCUGUUGAAACGGAAGAAAAAUCUCUUAAAAACGAAGAUCAGAAAAUAAACCUCAAGCGUAAAUCAAAACCAAAAUCAGAGAAACAUCCAAAAUCAGCUCUCUCUAACUCUCCCUCCGAGGCUUCGAUUAUUUCAGCCACGGCCAUCGAAGAGCUGUGUGACCUCCGCCUUUACUACAACAACCAGCUACGACAAAUCAACUACAUUUCCCAUGAACACUUGCAGGACUCGGGUUCGAGCAUGUUGACCUGUAUAAUAGAGCCGCUGAGAAGUCUACGGCUUUCAUCAGGCACAACAAUCGCCAGAAGUGCCAGGAAUCUAUGGACACGUGUCAGUAUGAGGAGAAAGCUCAUUCAGAGAUGACCAUGUGCUAUUUUUGAUAUAUUGAUUUUUUGUAUAAAAGUUAACAAUACAUGUUAGUUAUAUUUUUGAAAAUUCAAUGCACUGUUUGCAUGUUGGGAAAAAAAAGCUGUCAUAUGUUUUUUUUUUUUUUUUAUAUAUAUAUAUAUAUAACGGUUUCAUAUCUGAUUAGUUAAAAAUUGUGUUGCUGAUACUCGAUACACAUCAAUAUUAAAAGGCUGGUGACAUCAUGUUAAUUUUACAAAAGAUGAUACAUCAAGUGAUUUGUUUUUUUUUUUCAACAGCAAUAAACGGAUGCCACUGAUUGGACCUUUAAAAGAG